GCGUCGCUUCCCGGCGAGCGGGAUCUCCAUCGAGUGCUGUAGUCCAGGCUGGUGGCGGGGCCGGAGUCAGGGCCGGGGCCGGGGCUGAAACGGCGGGCGCUGGUCCCUGCGAGAUGGACGGGCCGGAAGGCAGUGCCGGGCUGCCGGGCCCCGCUGAGCGGUCUCAUCGAAGCAGCGUGUCCUCCGUGGGAGCCCGAGCAGCUGAUGUGCUGGUGUACCUGGCGGAUGACACGGUGGUGCCCCUGGCUGUGGAGAACCUGCCUUCGCUCAAUGCCCACGAGCUGCACCGCGCAGUCCGUGAGGUUCUGCAGCUCCCGGACAUCGCCCUGGAAGCCUUUGCCCUCUGGCUGGUCUCCCCGCUGCUGGAGCUGCAGCUGAAGCCCAAGCACCAGCCCUACAAGCUGGGCCGCCAGUGGCCGGAGCUGCUGCUGCGCUUCACUGACGCCCCGGAUGACGACGUGGCCGUGGAUGAGCCUUCCCUGCAGUUCCGCCGGAACGUGUUUUUCCCCAAGCGGCGGGAGCUACAGGUCCAUGACGAGCAGGUCCUGCGGCUGCUCUACGAGGAGGCCAGGGGCAACGUGCUGGCCGUGCGGUACCCGUGUGACGUCGAGGACUGCCAGGCCCUGGGUGCCCUGGUGUGCCGCGUGCAGCUCGGGCCCUACCAGCCUGGCCAGCCUGCUCCCUGUGCCCUGAGGGAGAAGCUGGACUCCUUCCUCCCCGCCCACCUCUGUAAGCGGGGCCAUGGUCUCUUUGCCGCCCUCCGGGGCCGUGGGGCCAAGUCUGGGCUGGGAGAGCAGGACCUGCUGGAUGCCUACCGCGAGGUGAAGGAAGCGGGUGGCAGCGACAGCGAAUGUGAGGCCUCCCUGAGCACCCACUACCGCGCCUACCUCCUCAAGUGCCACGAGCUGCCCUUCUACGGGUGCGCCUUCUUCCACGGCGAGGUCGACAAGCCGGCCCAGGGCUUUCUGCACCGGGGCGGGCGCAGGCCGGUGGCUGUGGCCAUCAGUCUGGAGGGUGUGCACGUCAUCGACAGCAGGGAGAAGCACGUCCUGCUGGGUCUGGGCUUCCAGGAGCUGUCGUGGGACCACACGUCCCCCGAGGAGGAGGAGCCCAUCCUGUGGCUGGAGUUCGAUGGGGAGAGCGAGGGCACGCCCAUCAACAAGCUGCUCAAGGUCUACUCCAAGCAGGCCGAGCUGAUGAGCGGCCUCAUCGAGUACUGCAUUGAGCUGAGCCAGGCCACAGAGCCCGCCGCCGCCCAGGAGCCCACGGCCGGCGCCUCCGUCCAGUCUGCCCUGCGUCCCCGGCUGCGGAGACAGGGCAGUGUGGUCUGCAGCCGCAUCCAGCACCUCUCCACCAUCGACUAUGUGGACGACGGCAAGGAGAUCAAGCGGGUGAAGCCAAAGCGUUCCACAUCCUUCUUCAGCCGGCAGCUCUCCCUGGGCCAGGGGAGCUACAGCGUGGUGCAGCCCACAGACAGCCUGGAGCAGGGCUGAGGGCAGCAGCGUCAGGCGGGAGGGGAGUGCGUGGAGGCCCCCCACACCUGGCCCUGUGCCAUCCUCCCCGUGAGGAGGGGGCCAGGCCGAGAUAGUCCCCGAAAGUGAAGGAGGGCCUCCCACCCCCCCAGUUGCUCAGGGUCUGCAGGUGUUUCAGACCUCGGAGAAGGGGCUUCUGGGCCUGGGAUGAUGCCUGGGCUGAGGACAGCUGGCCAGUGGGCCACGCCUCAGGCUCCCUCGUGCAGCCUCCCCCCUUCCCCUGGGCUCUGGGCCCAGCUGCUAUCUCAGGACCAGCUGAUCAGGCCAUGGCAGCCCCUCCCCACCAGAGACUUGCCUUUGUGCCCCUCUCAAGGCACACGGUGUCCCCUGCUCUGAAACGCCACCUCUCAUCCAACCCAGUGGUGGCUCUGGUGGCAGAGGGCCAAGGAUUGGGACUUGGGGCCAGUAGGUCUGGUUCAUGCCUUUCGUCUUUCCCUUGGACUUUGGUGACCAACCACUUCCCCACAUUUCUUCUGCUAGCAUUCCACCCACACGUGCCAGGCUGGGCCCUCACUCCCCGGACGGCAGGGAGGGGCCUCGCCGCUGCGGCCCCGGGCAGACUGGGCUCCCUGCAUCCUGUUUAGGGCUGGCACAGCCCUGGGACCGAAGGGAGAUGGCAGGGCUCAGGGACCCUGUGCUCUUCACUCAGACCCCCUCACAGGUACGGGACUCUAACGAGAAGAAAGGCGCCUUUCUUAGCCUUUAGUGACGUCACUGUGCUGCGAGGGGGCUGCCCACGGACAGACAAGUCUGCCAGACCCGCACGCCAUGCUCGGUGCAAAGCUCCCAGAAGACCCCUUGGGCCCAGUGGCUCUCUCAGCAAACCCACCGAGGCCACCAUUUCUCCCCAGCCUUGUUCUGGGAAAAGACAGGCUUUGUUUUGUUUUUGUUUUGUUUUUCCAUCUGCUUUAAUUUGAAGCCUGUGAGCUCUGGGGCAUCUGGCUCGUCCUCAGAGAUGGCUGUGGGGUUUUGCCUGCCUCUCCCUCUGGCCUGGCCCCUGGGCAGCCCGUGCAGGGAAAGCCCGAGCAACACAAGAACAUUGGAAAGGAGAUUUUGAGAUGGGUCCUUGGCUUUUCUUUGGCUCGACUUGGCCCUCCUGGCAGCAGGCGGACAAGAGAAGGAGCGGGACUUUCCCACCCGGGGACCCCUCCGUGCCGGGCACAGCAGCGCUCACAGGUGCUUCCCGGGCCUUCCCUCAGGAAACAGGCAGGGCCCGGGCGGCACAGGGCGCUGCUUUGUCUUCCCUCUAGGAGAGGAAGUGGGAGCCAGGUGCACUCAGCCCCAGGGGCACCAUCCCAUCCUCCUCCCCCUGGGGACGGCCAGGUGUUCAGCGGUGCGUUUGCCUUCAGCAGCAGGGGCUUUGUCAUAACACAUAUGUGGGAAAGAAAAGGUCUGGGCGGUGUCCCCAGGCUUCUGGAGUGUUCUGGCCAAGGACUGGUUGUCACUUGCCACAGCCCCCCUGGAGUCAUGGCCUCCAUGAGUGCUGCCCAGCCCUGUGCCUGCUCCUGCCCAGGCCAGUCUGCCUCUGUGGCCCCUGGUUGUCUUGGUCCCACUGUCUGUUUUGAUUCUGGAUGAAUCUCUGAUGGGAAAGUCGGGGUGCCUGGUUGUGUGUGUGUGUGUGUUGACACAAAUACUAUGUUUUUACUUUUCAGCCUCUUUCUCAUGUUUUCUAACCAUCCAUUGUGCCUUAAGUUUCUACCUUCCCUUUGAACAAAGCAGUAUUUUACUGAGUGCCCAUUGAAUAUUCUCACUCUUUUGUAUCAUGUGAUUCAAUAAUGAUAAAUUCAAUAAUGAUAAAAUCUGUU